UCGGCGCAUGGAGCGGCCGGGGGAGGGCGGCGAGAUGGCGGCGGCCCUGCGGGAGGCCAAGCGGGCACUGCGAGGGGAGCUGCGGCGGCGGCUGCGGGCGCUGGGCGAGGCGGAGAAGCAGCGGCAGUCCCGCCUGCUGAGUCGCAAGGUGAUUUGCCAUCCCAAGUACCAAGACUCCAAAAGAAUUGCAAUCUUUCUGAGCAUGCCAGAUGAAAUCCAGACAGAAGACAUCAUUAAGGACAUUUUUAAGCAAGGCAAAGAGUGUUUCAUCCCACGUUACAAGCCUCAGAGCAAUCACAUGGACAUGCUGAAGUUGUUGUCAGCUGAAGAUAUUUCUUCCCUUACUUUGACAUCCUGGAAUAUUCUCCAGCCUAGUGAUGAUGACAGUGCAAGAGAGGAAGCUCUGGCUGGUGGGGGUCUUGACCUUAUCUUCAUGCCAGGCCUUGGGUUUGACAAAAAAGGCAACAGAUUGGGAAGAGGGAAAGGUUAUUAUGAUACCUAUCUUGAAAGAUGUAUGAAACAUCCCAGUGGAAAGCCUUACACGAUUGCCUUGGCUUUUAGGGAACAGAUCUGUGAAUCAGUGCCUGUGGCAGAAAAUGAUGUCCAAGUAGAUGAAAUCCUUUAUGAAGACUGCUGAAAGUAUCUUGAUACCAACCUACCUUCAGAGGGACCAACCAAAGACAUCAAAUCCAUCAGUCAUGACUGUUGAAUAGUCAAAUAUGACUUUGGGAGCAAUAAAAUACCGUAUUUGUUGAAUUGUUUGAAUAAAAAAAAAAAACAAAACAGUGUAAAUGUGGUAAUAGUAGUGAGGAUUGCAUUGAUUUGCUUCUAAUUAGCAAAUAUCUGGUGUGAAUUCUUAUUCUAGAAUCAAUAGAAACAAGAAUGUGUGACUGUUUAUUACAGUAAGGACCAUUUCUUAUCGUCGUACCUUUGAGGAAUGAGCUACUUGAUACUUAACAGUUUUAUUAUUCCAGAGAACUCACUAAUGCAGUUCUUGAUCCAUUCUGGAAUUGGAUACUUGUUAUGGUAAAAGUUCUUAGUACUUAAUUAUUAUGUGCGUCCAUGAGCAAAGCAAAAAAAAUGCCCAAUAAGUCCUAUAGUAAGCUGGGAGAAAAAUGGUGUUUGGAAAAGCCUUAAUUGAUUUUAGAGUAUACAAAAAUUUUACUGUAUACUUGUCUUCUUGAAAUCAACUUAAAAUAAAGGGAAUAUCUGUUAACAAAAAAAGAUUCAUGUCCAUAGCAUUGGUAUAUGGUUCUUUCCUUUAUCUGAACACAGGGUUGUAAUGUAGUCUAAAAUGUGGUCAGUGAGUUUUCCAUCUGGAGAAAAACAGCUCUUAUUUUUUGGAAAAUAAUAUUCAAAAUUAAAGUUCUAUAAAUUUUGUACAUGGACCAUUUAUAAUAUCCCCAAAUACUCUGUGAAGUAUGGAUACUAUGUUAAAGGAUAAAGAGAUGCUAAGAAUUACAGAGAAUAGGUUUUAUGGAUUGAGUAAGUUUUUAGGUGGAAGGGGGAAGGUUGUUUUUUCUCCAGUUCUCCAGACCAUCCUGGGUAUCAGGAAGAAGAUAGUGAAUUUUCCUCUGCAUGCUGUCCUCAUAGUAAUAGGACACAAUAUUUCCAAUCAGGAUCAAUGAAAUUGUCAAAAAAUUGUGUUCCUUCUUCAAUGCAACUUCACGUUUUCUAUACGUUUAACUUCUCCCUCAAUCAAUAAAUCAAUGCAUUUAUUUUCACCAAA